AUGGCGCACGUGAUGCGCACGCCACGUGUUGGCAUGUCACAUGGUACCCCGCGUGGUUCGUUGGCCAGAAAAGGGACGCCGUGUUGGAGGGCACUUAGAUCGAGUCCCUUGCUUCGAUCGGCCAAUGGAGGGAAGACACGCGUGGCAGUUAAAGGCGGUGGGAUUGGCGGAUGUUUGCUGCGGUAA